GUAAAUCAUUAGCCUACAUUUUGCCAGCUUUCAAGAACUUCCCAUUUGCUUGUUUUUCUUUCACCGACCAUACGUAGGUAGAAGAAUGUUGUUCAACAGGUAUGACUUGUUGUCAAACAGCUAUCUGAAUUCUAAUAUAUCAGGUAGCUACGUUUCCAGGUGAAAAGGGGCGAAGUGAAUAAAUUCAGAAAUCUGUAUUGUCGGUUCAUACGUAUAAAGUAUGAAUUUACAAACGUAAACAACGUAAACUAUUAGUAAGAGCAGAUUAAGAGAGGAGGGUGAAGCGAUCAGAAACUUCUGAACGCAAUUGUUGUCACUUCAAAAGUCUGACGAUAAAUCGAAACUGGAGGGAAGACUGGAUGGCUUUCAAAAUGCUGGCUUGUGUACAGUUUUGUGUUGGUUUGCUGACACUGCUGCACCUAUCCAAGGCACGAGUUAUCCACAACAAUGAUGAAGUGUUUCUCCAGGAACAGGCUGCUGUCUCCUUCCUCUCCCGCUCCCUCCUCUACAACAGCUGGGACUUUGAGCUUGUGGUGCCUGGCAACCUGGAGAGGGAAUGUAAAGAGGAGGUGUGCUCUUAUGAAGAGGCACGGGAAAUCUUUGAGGACGACACAACAACGAAGCAGUUUUGGGAAACUUACGUCGAUAGUCAAGCGUCUGCCCCGCAUGUGGACGUGUCCGGCCUGGUGGCGGGGCUCCUGGCCCUGCUGGUGAUCGCCGCUCUCGCCACCGUGCUGGGCUGCUACUGCUACAGGGCCCGAGCCAAGCCUGGGACGGGAAGCCGCAGGGUUCCUGUGAGGACUCCUGCGGACAUGCCGCCCCCCCCGGAGGCGAUCCCCUUGUCUGGGAUAGGAGCGCCUGGACUGCCCUCCUACAAUGAGGCCCUGCACAGCAGCGGCCAGCACGACGCACCCCCUCCCCCCUACUCUGGGUUUGUGUCCUCAGAACCACCCAGCCCAGCUGAAGAGGAGUGAGGUGAAGAGGAAGAAUAAAAAGCAAAACACGAAGAAGAAUCAAGAGGCGGGAACUACAAAUGGGAUCACUGGACGAAACGAGGAGAACUGGGGGGAAGGACGGAGGUGGUGCUCGCGGAACUGUCACACUGUUACCAGUCAGUUUAUUCAUGCAGUGUUGUUACCAUAGCAUUCCAUGUUUACUCUCCUGUUCACCUAGCAUGUUUAUUCCAGGAAAUGGCUUACAGUGCCUUCAGUCACCACUGUAGUUCACACAUCGAGUGCAUUUUCAACUUCAUAUAACCUAUUUUUAAUGUGUACCUGUGUAUUUAUAUGUCUCUUUAAUAAAAUACUGUCAUUUUAA